AUGUCAACACAUGGUGGGGAACUCUAUCACCAGCUUCCAUCAGAAAUCAUCAUGGAAAUUCUGUCCUAUUUAGAAUUUGAAGCCAAGUUGUGCAGUGGAAAAUCUUCAACAUUUUUCAAGUAUUAUUUUGGAAGAUUUAGAACAGGAAAUAUUUGCUUCUUAUUCAAGAAUUUGUGUUGGGAUCAAACGAGGGUGGAAGAAUCAUUUGAAAGACAAGUGAUAAAUAUUGAACUUUGUGCCAAUGAUGGAAAGAGAAUUGACUUGAUAGAAGGUGAAAAAUCGAAUAUUUUGAAACCAAACCUCCAGAAACAUAAUACUGAAGAAAAAGUAAUUGAAAAUUUGGAAAGAACAUUCAAAAAUGUGGAUACAGAUUUGGUUAAAUCAAUUCACUUAUCUAGUGACGAUCUUCCAGAAUAUGUUUCUCAAUGGGCAUUGAAAAAGUUUACAAGUUCGGAAAAUAUUAAUAUUAGAUGUGAUUAUUAUUCUAAUAGUGAUUAUGGUCUCUCAAGCUUGGCUUCUUUAAUUGCAAAGUGUAGAAAUUUGAAGAAAUUGACAUUGGAUUGUAUUGAUUCAAGCUCAUUAAUUGAACAUUUUAUUGAAAUAUCAAAAAACACUCCUCAAUUAGAAUAUUUCAAAAACAAAUCAUUAACAUCAAUUUUUACAGCGCCAGAAAUAUUUGAAAAUUGGAAGAAUAUCAAAGAGAUUUAUUCCGUUAUUUAUCUAAUAAGAGGUGAAAUUACAGAAGAUCCAACAAGUGAGCAAGUUGUUGAAUCAUUUGCAGCCAUAAAUAAGUUGAAAUAUUUGGAGAAGAUGGUACUCACAACAUUGAGAUUAAGCUUGUCAUAUGCUGAGUUUUCUGAUUAUUUGAUGGAUUCAAUUUCCAAAAAUAGUCAAUUGAAAGAGCUUUCAUUUGAGAAUGGUGGAUAUAGGGAAAAUCUCACAAGGUUGACCCCUGAAACAUUUAAACAAUUGGAAACCUUUAAAAUGUUUAGUAUUACGAAUGAAUUAGCAGAACAUUUCUCUAAAUUUGAGUCUAUUAAGAAACUCUCCAUCAAAUAUGCUGAAAUAGAUCAGUUUGGAUUGGAAUCUUUAUUAAAAUUACCAAAAUUAGAAAAGGUAAUUUAUUCGAAGGGUUUCAAUGCACUUGAAUUUGAUUUACCACAAAAUGGGAAGAUAGUUUUUGAGAAACUAAAAAGUUAG